AAGGGUUUUUCCUCUGGCCAGGAGGGAUUUAAAGGUGUUUACCCUUCCCUUUAUAUUUGUGACAGACGGUGUCGGUAGAAAGAGACAUGCAGAGGUUCAGGAGUCUGGUGUGAGCAGUAGGCUGCGAGGAUGUAAUGAUUUAUCACUCACCCAGCAAUAAAAAGGGAAAAAUUGGGCGGGGGAGGGGAUAACAGGUACUUACAAGAUGGAAACAGAAACAGCCAGCUGUAAAAUGCCCACUUCAUGCAUGUACUUGGCUCUGAAGAAUUUAAAGGGCAACCUGAAAGGCUUUCGAGAAGAAAAGGAUCCCAUAUGAUGAUAACCCUGUAGUGGGAACCUGUCCUGUCUUUGGAAUAUCAUAGCUCUUAUCUCCUCUUUAAUAUAGCAAUCUCCUUUUUCCCAGGAGAUUAUAAAAUCUCAUUUUUAUUCAACUGGUCAAAUACUAAUAAUCUCUGCUGACAGCAUACUUAAAAGCCUAAGAAUGUUUUCCGUAAUAAUUCACAUGGUAAUAGUAGCUGAAUUCCUGUUUCAUUACAUUUUGGAGAAAGACAGAAUCCCUAAACUGAAGGGAAUAAUAACAAUAAAUUUCAUUCCAAAUCGCUCAAAAUCCUUUCCUAAAUUAUAGUUCAAAUAGUACAACCCCAAACUUACUAUAUAGAUUCAAAGUUUCUCUUUACACCCAGAAGGAGACUCUUUUUUUUUUAAAUAUCGCAUUACUGGUGAUGGGGAAAGCAUCAGGUUGUAUCUAAUCCAUAUUGCAAUUUAAUAAGAGUGGUGUCUAUCAUAGAAUAUUUACAUAGCAAAAUAAACAGAACUCCCUUCUUGUGCAUCUCGAGUCUCCUGAUGAAUAACAGGAGAGUCAUCUUUUCUGGUGAUAUGGACAUUUUAGCCACAACCACGUUAAUAUGAGUGACUUAUUACUACUAGUGUCAGUCACAGGCCACAUCUGUCCCUCACUAGAGCUAACUGAGGGCAUGUCUACACUACAAUCUUAAGUCAAUUUAAGUUUGAAGUCGACAUCCAGCCGUUACAAUAAUUAAGUCAGUAGUGCGUGUCCACACCACACUUCUUAUGUCUGUGAAGCACAUCCUCACUAGCAGCACUUGCAUCCGUGCUGAGAGCAGUGCACCGUGGGUAGCUAUCUCACAGUGCAACUUACCGCAGGGGGUUUGGGGAAGGGAUUGCAAUGCCUCAUGGGACCAAAACAUUUUUUCAGGGAGGACUGGGAACAUGGCUUCAGUAUCCCAGGGUGAAGCUUUCUCCAUCCCUCCCUGAUCUAAAUUGCAACGUAUAAUGUUUCACGCCUUUUUUCAAAAGGACGGCAUAGCUGCAUGUACGCCAUCUCCUGAGAGGCAUGGAUCCUGCACAGCUGUGCACUAUUGUGAUAAAUCCAAAUCAUGGAGGGGCUCUUGCAUUACAUAAACCCAGCACAUGCCAUUUCUCUCUUAAGUGCUUUGAAUGAGGAACGUCUAAAAGGACAGCUAUGCGAUGUUCUUCUAAUAGUGGGAGACCAAAAAUUUAGAGCUCAUAAAAAUGUUCUGGCUGCCAGCAGUGAAUACUUCCAGACUCUCUUCACAAAUAAAGAGAAUGAGUCCCAAUCAGUGUUUCAGCUUGACUUCUGUGAACCAGAUGCUUUUGAUAAUGUAUUAAACUACAUUUACUCUUCGUCUUUGUUUGUUGAGAAAAGCAGUCUCGCAGCUGUUCAAGAAUUGGGCUACAGCCUUGGCAUUUCCUUUCUUACUAACAUUGUUUCUAAGAGUCCUCAAGCUCCUUUUCCAGCAUGUCCCAUUAAAAAAAUAUUGUUUCAAGAAGAAGAUGAAAGCAGUUCUCAGAAGAGAAGUGUCAUUGUUUGUCAGAGCAGAAAUGAAGCACAAGUUAAAAAUGUCAGUCAAACACAUGAUUUAAGCCAUAGCUCUAAGCCCUCACACUCCAUUGCCAUCAAAACAAACAAUAGACCACAAGUAACAAAACCAAUUGAACCACUUCACAGUUUAUCAUUAAGUGACAGGAGGUGGCUAAAAGACAGUCCUGUGAGCUACACCAAACUUCAUGAACCUUCUGGAACUGUGGAUGACCAAAGUAGUAGUGGCUUGGUAAAGAGGAAUACAGUAUUGCCACAAAAGCCUUUAUCUGAGAAAGAAACUUCAUGUGAUGAGCCAGGAGUGAGUGGUCAGCUUCUAAGAGGAAAAGCUGUAGAGAUGUCAUUAAAAAGACCACGUCCUCCAAUCUUAUCUCUGCAUGCUUCAUCAGAAUCUACAUUUUUGUUGCAAGAGACAGGAAAAGGAAAUGGUCAAGGAGAAGAUAGGAAUUUGCUAUACUACUCAAAAUUAGGACUAGUGGUUCCAUCUAGUGGAUCAGGUCCUGAAAACCAAAGUAUUGACCGGAGUGGCCCACUUGUAAAAAGUCUCCUUCGAAGGUCAUUGUCCAUGGAUAGUCAGGUUCCUAUUUAUUCAUCUUCUAUUGAUUUAAAAGCUUCACGUGGAUCAUCAUUGGUGACUAGUGACUCACAGGGAAAAACGUUUAAUGUUAUAUCUCAAAAGUCAUCCUUGAAAGAGUCUUCAGAAAAGGCUGUCCUAGAUGACAAGACACAGGUAAUGCACCCACACCGCCUUAGGUCCUUUAGUGCCUCUCAGUCAACUGAUAGGGAGGUAGCUUCUCCUCUAACUGAUGUACGAAUAAAAACUGAACCUAGCAGCCCGCUUUCAGAGCCUUCUGAAAUAAUAAGAGUUACAGUAGGAGAUGCUUCAACAUCUGCCAGUAAAGACUUUCCUUUUAAAACUGAGGAUGAUAAUAGGGAUAUGAAUAGACUUCCAGCAAAAAGGAGGUUUCAAGCAGAUAGAAGGCUACCAUUUAAAAAAUUGAAAGUGAAUGAGCAUGGUUCUCCUGGGUCAGAGGAUAAUUUUGAGGAAAGUUCAAGUCCUACGCGUCUUGAUGCUGACUUUCCAGAUUCUGAUGUCAGUAAAGAUGAAUACAGUGAAUUGGAAGAAGUGAGACCAAACAAAAAGUUUAAAUGCAAGCACUGCCUUAAGAUUUUCAGAUCUACAGCAGGCCUUCACCGUCAUGUUAAUAUGUAUCAUAAUCCAGAGAAACCAUAUGCUUGUGAUAUAUGCCACAAGAGAUUUCACACAAACUUCAAAGUAUGGACUCAUUGCCAGACACAGCAUGGAAUUGUGAAAAAUCCCUCACCUGCUUCCAGUUCACAUGCUGUCUUGGAUGAAAAAUUCCAAAGAAAAUUAAUUGAUAUUGUGAGAGAGAGAGAGAUUAAAAAAGCACUGAUUGUUAAACUACGACGUGGCAAACAAGGUUUUCAGGGACAGUCCAGUUCACAAGCACAGCAAGUCAUCAAAAGGAACUUAAGAUCAAGAUCCAAAGGAGCCUACAUUUGUACCUACUGUGGGAAAGCUUAUCGUUUUCUCUCUCAAUUUAAACAGCACAUAAAAAUGCAUCCAGGGGAAAAACCAAUUGGAGGAAAUAAGGCUUCUAAGCAAAAAGAGCACAUUCAUAUUGCAAGUCCAGUUGAAAACAAAGAGGUCUAUCAGUGUCGUCUUUGUAAUGCUAAGCUCUCCUCUCUUAUUGAACAGGGAAAUCAUGAGCGACUUUGUAGAAAUGCAACAGUCUGUCCUUAUUGCAGCCUUAGAUUUUCUUCUCCAGAGCUGAAGCAUGAACAUGAAAGCAAGUGUGAAUAUAAGAAGCUCACUUGUCUUGAGUGUAUGCGCACUUUUAAAUCCUCCUUUAGUAUUUGGCGUCAUCAAGUUGAAGUUCACAAUCAAAAUACCAUGGCCCCAACAGAGAAUUUUUCUUUACCUAUUCUUGAUCACAAUGGUGAAAUAACUAAUGCUUCAAGAUUGCAUUCUCAAUCAGAAUCUAAUAAAAUGAACAAUUUUGUUACUGCAAAGGAAGAUGGAGUAUUCAGUGAUUCUUCAGAACAAAUUAAUUUUGAUUCUGAAGAUUCUUCAUGCCUCCCUGAAGAUCUAAGUGUUUCCAAACAGUUUAAAAUUCACGUAAAAGAAGAGCCUGCAGACGAUAUAGAGGAUGAGGUCACUGAAACCAACAGAGAAGCUAAGGAAGUAGCUUCUAAUAAAGUCACUGGCUUGUGGCCCUGUGAAAAAUGUGGAAAAAUUUUUACUGUACACAAGCAGUUGGAGCGUCACCAGGAGCUUUUGUGCUCUGUAAAACCAUUUAUUUGUCAUGUGUGCAACAAGGCCUUCCGGACCAACUUCCGUCUGUGGAGCCACUUCCAGUCUCAUAUGUCACAGGCUGCAGAGGAAUCAGUGAAUAAAGAUCCUGAGAUAUGUCCACCAGCUAACUCCCCAUCACCACCACCUCUGCCUCCACCCCCACCUCUACCCAAAAUCCAGCCCUUAGAGCCUGAUAGUCCUACAGGUUUGUCUGAGAGCCCAACUACUACUGAGAAAUUAUUUGUUCCACAAGAAUCGGACACGCUCUUUUAUCAUGCUCCACCACUUUCAGCAAUCACAUUCAAAAGACAAUAUAUGUGUAAACUUUGUCACAGGACAUUCAAGACUGCAUUUAGUCUUUGGAGCCAUGAACAGACACACAAUUAGUUAGAGAUCUUCAACAGGUAGUUUAAAAAGCUGGUUAAAUGGAGACCGUUUCCAGGAUAUUUCAGAAGUAUGCCAUAUAAACUAGAAAUCUAAGGGGACAAGAACCAUCAAAAAAGUAAAGAUGGAUUUAUGAUGCUGCUUGGAUUUGAAGAUUAAGGUAAACUAACUUUGAUGUUAGUAGAUAGAAAUUUGUAUAAUUUAAAGUACUGUUGUCUGGGAUCUUAUAGUAACAGUAUAAUUUAAUUUCAUUAACAUUGAAAUCCGAUCACAUCUUGAUUGUAUGCAUGGAUCCUCAUCCGGUGGUGUCAAUAUAUAUAUAUAAAUAUACAUUAAAAACAAAAAAGGAACAAAAAUGUGGAUUCUAACUGUGAGUUUAUAGUGGUGUUAUACUGUAACCAGCUUCUUGUUUUGAGUAUAAUGAACACCUGAGCUCCCUAUAAAUAUUAGCCCUGCACUUGAAGUUAAGAAAGAAGUGGAUGGAAUAUUUUUCUUUAGUAAUCUAGAUUUUAGUAAUAUUUUAGCAAUAACAAAUAAACCUCAAGUUUGAGUUAUCCUGACACUUAUUGGGAAUUAAUGUUGUUGUUUUUUUUAAUGGUAAUGUGGAAUUGUUUUGUUCUUAUAUGGAACUUGUGCAAAAUACAAUAGAAUCUAAGAUCAGCAAUAUUAAUACUUGGAUUUUAUAUAUAAAGGAGCAGCAAGCCUGCUUUCAGCCAUUUAAAUAGAAGCUUCUAAGGAAGACUCUGGAAAAAAAUGUAUGCUGCUUUAUAGAACGCCCCAAAGGCUAAUUUACUGUACGUAUUUCAGUAACUACAAGCAUUGUAAUAAAGCAGCACUUAUAAUGCAAACAACAGUACUGUUUAUAAAUAUGAACUAACAUUGAAUGGAUGUCAGACAAUUCACAAUUUUGUUUCCUCUGGUUUGUACUGUUGUGUGUAAUUCUAAGUACAAUAGAAUGUAUGACUAUAUUACUUCGAAUAGCAGAAGCUUGUAGGGGGAAGGGGUUGUGAAAUAAACUCCUGUGUGUGGCAGUAAAUAUGGCCAUUAGCACAAAGAUAUGUUUUUUUUAAAAAAAUUAAAUGUAAAUAUUUAUAUAGACACCUGUAUAAAUGAAUAAAAUAUGUAUUUAAAUUUUGUAUUAAACAUACAUAUCCGGUUCAAAGCAGAGGAAAAAGCACCACACUACAAUCAUCAGAUUUUGUAAAUACAGUGUAUAGAAUAUUUGUUUCUUUUCUGACACUUUCUGUUGUUUGUGAUACUUUGUGUUAGAAGUGUUAAUUUGGGUUUGUUUAAGAUCAUGGUAAUAAUGGUUAAAAAUAGUCACAAUUGGAAUAGUUGGAAUCAUUAGUAUGCUAUAUUUGCCAGAAGCUAAGGCAAGGGUCCAGAAUUAGUUUUCCACCUGCUUUUGACAAUGUGCUUCUCUUGUUUAGGAGCUCAGAGUUAAAACCAUCUUUCUGCUGCUGGUUUUUUAAAUUUAAUUGAGUGGAAUGGAUUAGAAUAAACCGUGAGAAUGUAAAUGGAUGAAAUACUUGACAGUCCAUUUUGGAUCCAGGCUACCGUCAGAUGGGAAAAGAAAGUAUUGCAUUCAGUACUGUGUAAUUAGGUCCCAGACCUGCUUUCACUAGAGUCAACAGGAGUUUUGUUGCAGACUUCAGUGGGAGCAGGAUCAAGCCCUUAAUCCUAUAAGGUUCUGAUACUGUGUUCCUUCAGCAUCCAGAAUUCCCACAGAAGUCACAAGGAAUGUAGGCUGAGUCCCAAAAUGUAAAGGUGUGGACAACAAUAAUGAUAAUCAGGACCAAUGGGCCUGAUUCAGCAAGAUUGAGCAUGGGUGCCUAACUUUAAGCUGCUGGGUAGGUCUGUUGACUUCAGUGGGUGGUUAGUUAGGCAUGUACUUAGAUACCUUGCUCAAUCAAAGUCCAUAUUUGCCAUCAUUUGUUUUGUUUGUUUUAAAACAGCACUUUAUUUUCAUUGGGAAGUUCAGCUUAAAAGGAUGGCACAAUAUGACCCUCAGACUUUCUGCUACCAGCAAACUGCAAUAAUUAGCUACAAAGUCUUUUGCUACAACAUGGUGGAUAAAAAAAAUCUAAAACUGCUACUAAACACACUAACACCUACCUAUAGGUGUUUUUCCUUAUUCCAGAUGAAUUAUGUGAAAAUAUGAUUACACUAAUAAUCUGAAAAUAUUUUUAGAUGAAAACUGCAAUCGAAACUACAGUUAGACUAGAUGACCCUUGAGGUCCCUGCUAACCCUAUGAUUCUAUGAAACAAGGUUCCUAUGUAAACUUUUAUAGGUGACACUUCCGGAUGUGACUCCUUUUUUUAAUUCCAACUAACAAAACUAAACCAUUUAAUGAAAAGAAAUAAUUUCAGUGUAAAAUAAUAAUUACUCAACCUUGUUUAUUAAACAAAAGCAAGAUGAAAUAAAGCCAUGUUAAAUAUAUUUAGCACAGCUAAAUAAUUGUUUUGUGUUUACAUUAAAUGUCUUUUAGGAGAAGAAAUCUAUGUGGACAAAAUGUGAAAGCAAGGUAUUAAAAUUGGUGCCUAAGUUUUCACCAUUGAUUCCUGUACAAAACAGCAUGAUAUUUCCUUUUUAGUUUGUUGACAGUCUGUACCUAGCCUUCUAAGAAUGAGUAUACCCUUCUAAGAGAAAAUAUGAUGACCAGUUCAGCUAUCAAAUAACCAUAAUUUUCAACUGAAGCACUUCUUUGAUGCAUUUUUGGUAUAUACUAAGAUUAUAAAUAGCACACAUUUAACAACCUUGUGCUACAUUUUGAAGAAGUCUUGAUUUUUUUUCCCCAAGUGUAAUAUAUAUUGUAAAAAUCAGAAAAAAAGUGGAUAUAACUAGUUUCCUUUUUAAGUUUGUUAGAUUAUUUUUAAAAAAGUUUGUUUUUAAUUUUGAGCAUGUUCUGUGUUUUGUUUUGUUUUUAAAAUUAGUUCCUGUUUGUUGUCCAAUAAAGGAAUACAGGAUCUCUAAAUAAAGUUUUAAAUAUGAGAUAUUUAUACAUCAAUUCUGGUUUUCUAUUAGCUUUUAUACAGUAUCUUAAAAAGCCCUGAGACAGAAGUGUUUACUUUGGAGGAUAUGGAUAAAUAUUCUUCUACUCCAUGUAAUUUUAAUAUAUGUUAGAAAAGUUAAAUUAUGGAAGAAAGUUAGUUACAAUAAAGGUCUUUUAAAGAAUGUCUAGUUUGGCCAUAACAAGAAUAAUAGGCAAAUUAUUGAUACAAAAAACCUGUCUUCAUCAUAUUUUGUUUAGUUUUGCAACUGUGUGAAUUGGAUACUAAAGGCCUUGGCUUUUUGUCUGAUUAUUUAACAAUUGCAGAAAGUUUGUAUGAUUUCGCUUAAACUUUGAGGUUUUGUGCUCUUUUUCAUAUGGUAUGACAGAAACAUGCAGAUGUUUUAAUAUAUACUUUAGAAUUUAAUUCUUUCUUGGUUUGUUUUGUCCUCCAUCAACAAAAUUUGACAGAGGCUCAUCCUGUUCCAACUCAAGUCAGUGACCAUUCCUGUUUACUUUAGUGGGAACAGGAUUGGCCUGUGAAGUUGAAGCUAGUUCAUGUCGGUACUGAUUCAGCUAAGCACAUGCUUAAGUCUCACUGCAGUCAUUGGGCCUUAAAACAUGAUUAACGUUAAGCAUAUGCUUAAGUGGUGUGCUGAAUUGGGGCCAUAAUCAACCACUCAAAGUAAGCAAUGGAAAUAAUUACAUGUUGUGGACUUUUAAAUGGUAGAAACAAAAAUUGUAUCAGUGAAUGUUCUUCUGAAUAAAGGCUACAUAUAUAGUUAGUGUGUAAUUCUGCAAUUUUACCAAAAUAGAAAAAGGACAUGAAAUGGUAUUGCUGCUCUAAUUUUGUAACUUUUUUAAAAGUAAACAAUAGACAGUUAAACUUCAGAGAUGGCAGUUGAGUUGUCAGUCUCGUUUCAGAACACAACUAUAGCCUUACAACCCUCCAGUGAACCAAAAUACACAGCUGUAGGGAACCUGCUCCUGCAUUCCCUCCUUAAGCAAUGCUCCCAUUGACAUCUAUGAGGGCUUUUUGCCCAAGUAGGAAGUGCAGAAGUGCAGGUUUCUUCCAGAUCUGUAUUGUACUCUAAGGCCUUGUCUACACUACGGGGUCGAUCAAUCUAAGUUACACAACUUCAGCUAUGUGAAUAACAUAGCUGAAGUCAGUGUACUUGGAUCUACUUACCGCGGGGUCCACACUACGCAAUGUCAACUGGAGAUGCUCUCCCGUUGACUCCCCUUGCGCUUCUCGUUCAGGUGGAGUACAGGAGUCGAUGGGAGAGUGAUCGGCGGUCGAUUUAUCAGGUCUUCACUAGACACACUAAAUCGACCGCCGAUGCAGCAGUCGCUACACGUCGAACCCCCGGUAAGUGCAGACAAGGCCUAAGAUAUUGCCUAAAACUUCUAUUGACAUCAGUGGAAGUUCCUCAUGUGGGACAAGGGUAGAAUAUGGCCCUAACUCCUGAGCACUAGCAGUUAUGGUGCAAAUAUCUGGCAUGUGCCUAUAAAAUCUGGCAUGUGCCUAUACUGUCUGUUUACAUUUUCUUACCAGAAGAUCUAGAUGAAAAUCAAAGCAAGAUAGAUUAUUUUUUUUUAUGUUGUAAUUAGUGAAUCAGUGUUAAAAAUUUUGUGUUGAACUCAGCCUGAUAGUAUUUGGGUUUUUGUUUUGUUUUGAAGUCCUACUGAUUCUUGUUUGUUUAAAAUGACUUGUGACAAAAACUGUACUAUCAAGAUAAACAUAGUGUAAAAUGUCCUUACCUGUGUUACCAAUACUUGAUACUAAUAAAGCUAAUAUAAUUUUUAAACCCCAGUUGUUAACAUUUAAGAUGUUUGGGCAUGAAAAUCCCAGGUAGGGAUACCCUCAAACUUUGGCAAUGUGUAUGAAAUAUGGAUCUGAGCUUUGUGGAUCUGUUGCAUUUUGCUAUUCUGAGACAGUUAAAACAGACAAAUCAGUUUCCCUUUCUAUUUCUCAUACUCUGGCACAAAUAUUGUGUUUGGGUUUCCACCAUUGUAGCAGAGUGUUAAAUUUAAAACACCCUUUAAAAUAUAAUAUUUGAAAACUUAUGAAUAGUUACAAAACCAAAACUUCAGAGUCUAACCUUGACAGUGUCCCUUUUAAAAACAACAAGAAAAAUGGGAUCAUUUGUAGUGUUCGGAAAAAGUCUCCUACGCUUUGUGGAAGUUGGAAUAAUCCAACAUAAACAUGCAAACUGUAGUAUUUUCCAAUUUAAAGUUACAUAAAAUCACUUGUCAUUUUAAAGUGUUAUAGAAUUAAGACAAAUAAAAGCUGUUUUUAUAAUCCUGUAUAUCAUGUAGCCAUUGUAUAUUGAUUCAGUUACAUCAGUGUUGGAUUUUAAUUAAUAGGUUUUUACUUUUUUAGGACUGAGAAUUAAUAGUGUAGAAUAACUCUUCCUUUAAUGUAAUGUAAAUCCAUUGCUGCUUUGUAUGACUUUUUCUACUGUGUGUUUUCUUUACUUAGAUUUUGACUAAGAAAUGUUGGAGUCCAAUAAACUUACACUUGUUUCUUUUGA